UUUCACAGAGUGCGCGUGCGACUAAUAAUUUCUAUUCUAGUCAUUCAUUUCGUGUCAUUUUCACCAGUUUUGAAGAAGUCUUCGAUCAACAAUCAUCUUUCACGACAGAAGUUUGAAAAAAAAAAGUCGAUAAAACUGUCAAAUUAGAAGGUUUAAAAAUAGUUCGGGUGUGUGUUUUAAUCGUUCCUUGCAAACGAUUACAAAUACGUGAAUUGAUUAAAUUGCUUUGAUAAUAAAAAUUCUAUUACAAAAACAGUGAAAUUAAGGUCGAAUUUAUGAAGCUAGCCGUUUGAAAUCCUAUCACGCCCAUGACGGCCACGACAUUGUGUAAAAUCGUAUUGAAUUUGAUAUACUUAAUCGAAGAAAUAAAGAAUAAAAGAUAACGGCAAAUAAAGUCACAUUUGGUGCCUCGGAUAAAUUAAACCACGUUGAACUUCGAACAUCCAACAAGAAAUAUUUAUAUUUUUUCAUUUUGAAUUCGAAAAAGAGUUUUAUAAAAAAUGGAACAUUUUGAACAACUACUUACGUGCUGUGUAUGCUUAGACCGGUAUCGCAAUCCAAAAUUAUUGCCAUGUCAGCAUUCAUUUUGCAUGGAACCAUGUAUGGAAGGAUUAGUUGACUAUGUACGUCGGCAAGUUAAAUGUCCUGAAUGUCGCGCCGAGCAUCGCAUUCCUUAUCAGGGUGUUCAAGCAUUUCCAACAAAUGUAACUCUGCAAAGAUUCUUAGAAUUACGUAUGGAAAUCACAGGUGAACCACCAGAUCCAACAUCAGGUCAGAUAAUGGAACGUUGUAAUGUAUGCUCGGAAAAGUCAUAUUUGUCACCAUGUGCCCACUGUGAGAAAAAGAUCUGUGAAGAUUGCAAAAGUGCACAUAUGGAUAUAUUGCGUCGCGAAAUCACACGCAUAAAUAGUCAAAUUCGCCGUGGAGUCAAUAGACUACAAGACUCAUUGGCCAUUGUAGAGAAAAAUACAUUAGGUUUACAAUCGAAUUGUUUAAGCGUUUCUGAGGAAGUUGAGGAGAUCUAUCGUCGUUUAAACAAAGCACUUAAAGAUCGCACUGAUUUUUUGCGCUCCGAAAUUGAUCGGUAUUUGAUGACAGAAUUGCGAAACUUGACAACUUUAAAAGAAAACCUCGAUCUAGAAAUUGGAAAUAUUCAAAGCAAUUGUGAUGUUGCCGAUAAAUACAUGAACGAAAAUAUCGAAUGGGAUGAUUGUGAAUUAAUGGAUACAAAGGAGAUUUUCUUACGCACGGUUGAGUUUUUGCGCAAUUUUGAAUAUGAAAAUACUGACUAUACGAGACGUGUGCGAUUUUUAAUGUCUAUCGAUCCAAAUCAACUGGUGAUGAAUGUUGCAACAUUUGGAGAUCUGAACAUUACACCAACUACCCAUUCAGCUGGAAUAAGUAGCGCUAGUAGUUCAUUACAACCACCUUCAGGGCCGGGUCUAAUGAGAUCAAAAAGCGAUCAUCGAUUGGCAACACAAUUCAGACAACAACAAGAAGAGCGUGGACUACGUGAUGAAGAUGAACCUGUAUUGUCCGGUCGUAAAUUUGGUGAACGUCCAAGUAGAACCAACGAACGUUAUGGAAAUGAUAGUGGAAGUCGAUAUCAAAGGGGUGGAAAUGAUUAUGAUUACGGAAACGACUAUGAUGAAUCUUCUCGCGCACCAAAAUCUCGUUUUCGGUCUAGAUUUGUUCGCAGCCACCAACAAGACGAUUCAGAUAAUGAACAAAACCGUGCUGUUCGCUUCCACGAAAAAGAAAAGGAAAAAGAACGUGAACGUGUUUUGGACACUGAAUUUGUUUCGCGUGGUAAUUUGAGUGGUAUCAUUCGCUUGGCCGAUUCGCCAAGAGUUAUGAAACGACUUCAAGAAAGUGAUCGACCAAAAAAAGAAAAGAAAGAAACACCACAGCCAAUUACACCAAAACAAACCGUACAAGCAAAACGUCCCACAACUGCACCAGCAGCUCAGCGUCAAAUGUCGGAAGAUGAAAUCGAUCGUAUUAAACGCCAAAACAAAGGUUCAACAUCGACCACAACCACUACACCCGUAGCACCUGUAACUGAACCCGAAAGACCAAUUGCUGAACGUGUUGCUGCUUUGAAAAGUCGAACAACAUCGAACAUUAGCAGCACGGCUAGCGAAGAAAGUGAUAAUAGUUCAGCAACAUCACCUGUACGUCGGACACCACCUCAUGCGACUGAGGCUGACACGGAUUCUGAUGGUUCAAUAACAUCUCAUCAACAGUCAAUAAAAACCGUAAGCGCUGGUGUACAGUCAGUGUCAAAAAAACCACCAACAACACGCUCUGGUAGUACGGAUUCUACAACAUCUACAGAAAGUUCAGCAUCAUCCACAACCGUUACAUCUACCGCACGGAAUGUCCAAAGCACUACAAAACAAACAACAAAACCCGAGGUACCGACUUCUUCCAGACCACGUGGUUCAAUCGAGUUGGUUGCUGAAAAAAAACCCUUCCAAAGUCGAUUUUUGCCAAAUCAUCAAACAAAUAAAAAAGAUGAUACCGAAAGCAGUAGCAGUGAGGAAGAAAGUACUAGUGAAGAAUCAGAUGAUGACGAAGAACAACAGAUGCCAAAAACUAAUACAACAGUAAAUGGUACUAGCCGUGACAAGUAUGGAAACCGAGCUUCACAAUCGCGUGAUUCACAUACGGAUGUAAAACGCAGUACUCGCGACGAAGUAAAUAAUUCGCGUGUGGGUGGUUACAGUAGUCCGACCUAUACACGAGACAGUGAUGAUUCAAAAUCUGCUGUUACUUCGUCACCACGAUCACGAGCAAACCAAAAUAACGAAUUUGAAGAUCAAAAUAAUCGCUAUGGAUCAGGAAGUAGUAGCUAUCAAAGCCGAUUUUUGAAUAAAAGCAAAAGUUCGGCCGUGGUUGCUUUGCAACAACCAUCAAUUGAUGAUGACACCAACACUGGUGAGGAUUCAGAUAACAAAUAUGGAACGGGUCGUUCAAGAUAUUUGGCGUUAAAAGAGAGACGCAGUCGGUUGGCAAGGAGUCGUUCAUCACAUUUAAUGGGAAACGAUGACGAUGAAAAACUUUCAAUGGAGCAGCCAGUUUCACCAACUACAGCUAGUCCAAAUGCUUAUCUUGCUUCAAGACGUUAUGGUGCAUCUGGAUUGUCAAGUGGAGCAACAGGAAGUAGUGGCAGCGAUCUUGCACGCAGUCGAUCAUCACAUGCUUUGAAAGCACGUGAAGCAUCUCCACUACGGUCUGUAACAACAUCAACAGCAAACGAUGAUAAAGAUGGGGCCGCACUUAGUUCAUGGGCGCGAUAUUUGAAAAAUAAAUAUGGUCAGGGUAGCCGAUCAAAAGACUCUUCGCGUGAUGCGAACUCCAUAUCUGCAAGUACUUCAACAGCAGGCACGAGUAGUAAUAGUUCCGCGUCCAGACGUUUAAGUUUAGGUCUCCCCUUACGACAGGCAAAUGAAAUCGCUAGUUCAGAUGACGAUUCAAAAAACGGGCCAGGCUCCCCUACCACUACGGCGGCAACAGGUAUAACGGGCGUUCCAGGAAUUUCACCUAGAACGCAAUACUUGCAAAAGAGACGCCAAUUAUUUCAACUUGGUGGCCGGGGGAGUGAGCCAGGAUGUUUUACAUGGCCAAGAGGCAUUGCUGUUGGUCCAGACAAUUCGAUCGUCGUAGCUGACUCAUCAAAUCAUCGAGUCCAAGUUUUCGAUUCGAAUGGUAUAUUUGUUAAGGAAUUCGGACAAUAUGGGAAUGGAGAGGGCGAAUUUGACUGUUUAGCUGGUGUUGCAGUCAAUCGUAUUGGACAGUAUAUAAUAGCAGAUCGGUAUAAUCAUCGAAUUCAAGUAUUGGAUCCACAGGGCAGAUUUUUACGUUCAUUUGGUACACAAGGCAUAGCCGAUGGAAAAUUUAACUAUCCAUGGGGCGUAACAACUGAUGUUCUCGGCUUUAUUUAUGUUUGUGAUAAAGAAAACCAUAGAGUACAGGUUUUUCAGUCAGAUGGUACAUUUGUUGGUAAAUUUGGCACAUGUGGAAAAGAAGAAGGAAAUUUAGAGCAUCCUCAUUAUAUAGCUGUGUCAAACACAAAUCGUGUUAUUGUUUCCGAUUCUAAUAAUCAUCGUAUACAGGUAUUUGAUGUGAAUGGACGUGUAUUGUCCACAUUCGGUACAGAAGGUUCCGAAGAAGGUCAAUUCAAAUUUCCAAGGGGUGUUGCCGUUGACGAUCAAGGUUAUAUCUGUGUUGCUGACUCUGGAAAUAAUCGGAUUCAGAUUUUUCAUCCAGACGGUAGCUUCUUGCGUGCCUUCGGCUCCUGGGGUUCAGGUGAUGCUGAAUUCAAAGGUUUGGAAGGUGUCGCCAUUAUGUCAAAUGGAAACAUAUUGGUAUGCGAUCGUGAAAAUCAUCGUGUCCAAGUGUUUUAGUUAUAUGCUACAAUGUAUUGACAAUUUAGUUAAUAUCAUUUACAAUGCAACUGCAAAUAUUCACAUUAGUACUAAAUAACUAAGUACUUAAAUAUUUAUAAAAGGCAAAAUAAAGCUCAAAAUUGAUACUUUCUUACUUGACCAAAAUAAUGAAUAUUUGAUGAAAAGUAGAAAGAUAUUUUCACUAUAUCAAUCACGUUGUAUAUGUGUAAUACAUAUUUAUUAUUUUCUACCCCGACUUUGCAAAAUAUUGUACAGUUCAUUCUAAAUUUUGGUGAGAAUAAAUCAAAUUUUACAUGGUGAAAA